GCACCGGCGCCGCCUCCCUCACCUUCCUCGCCCAUAUUCCCGCUCGAUCCAAGCCCUACCCCCACCCCGACCCCGCCCCCGCCGCCGCCGCCCACUGCGAGAGGAGGUCGCUUCGUCCGUUCGUCCGCCCUAAGGAAGAGAUGGACACAUCAAGCCCUGCAGCAAUCGUCAAUGGAGAGAUUCUGAACAAGUUUGUUGGGCGAAGAGUUCGCACGGUGGUUCAAGUCCAACGCAACGAAGGUGGAAUGGUUUUCGGGCAGUCCACUGACGGGCAUCAGUUGACUAUCAAAAGUGCCAUGGACAUUCCUGUAUCGCACUUCAUGGAGGUUUAUGGAAUUGCUGAGCACAACCAGACCAUCCGUGCUGAAGUUUGCACAGAUUUUGGUCCCAACUUUGAUGCCAAGGCAUUUGAUGGGCUGUGCAAGCUCGCGAAUGACAAGUUCAAGCACCUGUUCCUGUAGAGGUCAUCAUCGUAUGGAGGACCUUUGGCCAACUAAAGCUUUUUUGAAGCUGAUGAUAUUGCUAGAUUUAAGAUCUGGCUAAAUGUUCCUGCAUUCACCCCAGUACUUUGUUACUUAUAGUCAGUAUUGGACACCUAUUAGUAUGCAUUAACCUAAGCAGUGUUAUGACUACGAUGACAAGCAAAUUCUAUCAUGUAGUUGAAGAACUUGUGCUCAUUCCUGCUUCUAAGCAAAGCAAACCUAAGCUUUAUGUUGCUGUCACUUGCAUUUGGAUCCUGAGCAGUUGCUGUAAUGGUCAUGCAGCUUGAUGAGAGGGGCAAAUAAUUCUAAUGUGCUAAUUGCACGCCUUAUCUGAAA